AUGGCAACAUGAUCAAAUUUUAAUUUACAAAAUGGAGCAUCCCCCUUAAUAGAACAAAUUAUUUUCUUUCACGAUCAUACUUUAAUUAUCCUUAUUAUAAUUACAAUUUUAGUUGGUUAUUUAAUAACAAAUUUAUUUUUUAAUAAAUAUAUUAAUCGAUUUUUAUUAGAAGGACAAAUAAUUGAAUUAAUUUGAACUAUUUUACCAGCAAUUACUUUAAUUUUUAUUGCUUUACCAUCAUUACGAUUAUUAUAUUUAUUAGAUGAAUUAAAUAACCCAUUAAUUACCUUAAAAUCAAUCGGUCAUCAAUGAUAUUGAAGCUAUGAAUAUUCAGAUUUUCAUAAUAUUGAAUUUGAUUCAUAUAUAAUUCCCUCUAAUGAAAUAAAUUCUAAUAGAUUUCGAUUAUUAGAUGUUGAUAAUCGAAUUGUUUUACCUAUAAAUAAUCAAAUUCGAAUUAUAGUUACAGCAACAGACGUAAUCCACUCCUGAACUAUCCCAUCAUUAGGUGUAAAAGUAGAUGCAAACCCUGGACGUCUUAAUCAAACUAAUUUUUUUAUUAAUCGACCUGGAAUUUUUUAUGGUCAAUGUUCAGAAAUUUGCGGAGCAAAUCAUAGAUUUAUACCUAUUGUAAUUGAAAGAAUUUCAAUUAAAAAUUUUAUUAAUUGAAUCAAUAAUUAUUCUU